GAAUUUAACAUUUACUCAAACAGGUGUGUGAGUUUUAUGGUUCAAGGAAAAUUGUGAAUUAUGAUUUAAUGUACUUGCUGACAUUACGUUUGUAAACAGGUCAGUUUUUGCUUGCCUGUAACCUUUACUAGAGCGUGGUUCUCAAAGAAGAUGCAGAGGCUAAUCACUUAUACAAUAAAUAUGAACACGUAUACUAAUUUGGUUUCCAUGCCUUUCACCUCACUUCGGGAGUUAGGAAAAAAAGUAUUUUCAGCUUUUUUGCUCAAGUGAUCGUUUCUCUCGACUGUAUUUGUAUCCAGGAAGUGACGUCUGCUGCGACUACUGGGGGCGCACGAUUACUGUAUUUACAGCAAGUGAUUCCGCGUGCAGUUGACCGAAACGCACAACCUACACGCGGGGGUAUCCACAACCCAAAGGGGACAAUAGCCAUGACGCCCUUUACUUUGACCUGUUCAUGUCUUUUAAGGAAAAAGGAUUGCUUACAGAAGGUGUUUAUUUACUGCAACGUCUUACAGACGCAGAGCAGCUUAACAUGGAACUUGAGCAACAGAGCGCCGUGGAUGGCUGGUUCAGGUCAACGGAAUUUCAGUGCCAUGUCUACCAGAGUCGGGCAGGUAUUGGCACAACAUCAACCCCUUAAAAACUACGCAGCAACAAUGUGUACCGGUUCUGCAGGUGGUCAAGACUUGACCAAUUGGUUAUGGUCUGUUUACAACGAGACAAAAAAACAAACAGAAGACUUGAUUCCAGUAAUAACAAAGAACUCAGUCAACCCCGACACCAUAUUUGCCAACAAUGAGAUGAGCCUGCAGGAUAUAGAGAUCUAUGGGUUUGACUAUGACUACACCCUGGCGUUCUACUCCAGCCACCUCCACACCCUGAUUUUCAACAUUGCUCGCGACAUCUUAAUUCAAGAACACAGGUAUCCUGAGGGUCUGCGAGAGUAUGAAUACAUACCAAAUUUUGUUGUGCGAGGACUACAUUAUGACGUCCAGAAGGCGUUACUGAUGAAGAUUGAUGCGUUCCACUACAUCCAAUUGGGAACAGUAUACAGGGGUCUUCACCCAGUGCCAGACCAGGAAGUAAUUGCCAUGUAUGAGGGUUCACACGUCCCUCUAGAGAUAAUGAGUGAUUUCUAUGGCAAGAGCUCCCAUGGCCACACAAUGAAACAAUACAUGGACAUUUUCUCCUUACCAGAGAUGACCCUGCUCUGUUGUGUCAAUGACUACUUCAUGAAGCACAACAUCGACUAUGAACCUGUCCAUCUCUACAGAGAUGUUAAGAGGGCGAUAGGACAGGUCCAUGUGAAGGGGCUCAUGUAUCGAGCUGUCGAGGCAGACAUUGAAAAAUAUAUUUGCUAUGGUGAACAGAGCCAUGCUGUACUGAAGAAGCUCUAUGAGAGUGGCAAGAAGAUGUUCCUUAUCACCAACAGCCCCUUGGACUUUGUUAACCGGGGGAUGAACUACAUGGUCGGAAAGGACUGGAGGGACCUUUUCGAGGUGGUCAUUGUGCAAGCCGACAAACCCGGUUUCUUCAACGACAGGAGGAAGCCUUUCAGACGAGUCACAGACAAAGGAGGUCUUCUGUGGGACAGGAUCCAUCGGUUGGAGAAAGGGCAGAUAUACAAACAGGGGAACCUGUAUGAGUUUCUGAGAUUAACUGGAUGGAGGGGGUCAAAGGUGCUGUACUUUGGAGAUCACAUCUACAGUGACCUGGCUGACCUGACCCUGAAGCACGGUUGGAGGACUGGAGCCAUCAUCCCAGAGCUGAGGAAGGAGAUCAAGAUCAUGAACACGGAGCAGUAUGUCCACAUGAUGACCUGGCUGCAGGGCCUCACCGGACUCAUCGAACACAUGCAGGUACACAGGGACCCAGCCUCUCAAGCGGUUGUCCGGGAAUGGAUUAAAGAAAGAGAAACCAUGAGGUCGCAGACAAAGGACAUCUUCAACGCUCAGUUCGGAAGUCUCUUCCGGACGUAUCACAACCCCACCUACUUCUCCCGCCGCCUCUCACGCUUUGCCGACAUCUACAUGCCCUCCAUCAGCUGCCUGCUCAACUACGACUUCCAGCACACCUUCUUCCCCCGGCGUACCCCCCUGCAGCAUGAGUCUCCUUUCUGGCCCGAACAGACCAGUGCCGGGGCCUUGGACAUGCCCUUCCAGACCCACAGGACCAAAUCUGAGUAGAGAAGGGUAGAGUAGACGGGGGGAAAGAUUCCGGUGCCAUUCCCCUGACUUCACCUGGACACGGAGCACAGACAUGGAGAUGAGCACUGCACUGACAUGUACAACAAGCCAUCUGCACUGCACCAUUAUAAAUACUGUACAUCGGAAAAUCUUAUAACCUGAUGAUGUGAAAUGCAGCAUCUGAACUAACUCAUUUAUGUAUUUGUAUUUAUCAGACGACUUGACUAGUAUUUUAACAGUGCAAGGUUUUACUAUGUAGAUUGAAUCUACUGUGUCUAUGUUGUUUUAAACAGUUCUUUAGUUUUAGUCUUUAGUUAUAUUGGUAUCAAGCAAAGGUAAAAGUAAAGUUGAUCACCAAAAUACUUUUUUUUUUUAAAUUGACGUCAUGUGUAGACUUCUUUGCACAGUUUAGAUCAUUGUUUGUACCGGGAGGUAGAAAAGAAAAUAGAUUAGCAUGAUAUUUAUUGACAGUGUACAGUACAGACACGUGUCCUUUGGCGUUAAGGUUCCACUUCAGGACAGCUCUCUACCCAAGAAACCCAACUUUAGACUUGGAUUUGACAUUAAUGGGUGAGCGCUAAGAUGGCUAUCAUUCAGGGGAAUUUCGCCUACAGAUUGAGCAAAUACAGACCCAAGGGUGGAGGCUGGUGUGGUGGAGGGAACCACAAACAAUUAUUCACUUAAUUAUAAGAUAUUUUAUAUAAACAGACAGUAUUUACUGAAACACUUCUACAGUUUAGAUUGUCAUAUUGUAGAGGGACGUUAAAGGUGCCUGUGCGCCAGAGGACUGUGUGUAUAAACACCUGAGGAGUGAGUUGAACCAAUCUACACUGGCUACAUUUGGUAUAAGAUUUUCGGAUAUUAUCAUUGCUGCUUUCUCCUAUUGUCUUCGUACUGUAUCUUGCCCUGUUUAAGAUUGUCUUGGCCCUUCAUGAUGGAUCUAUAAGUCUCAGCUUUCUUUGUUGAGAUCUGUGUGAAGUUAAACAACCUACAUUAUAUUAAUAACUCCACUUUCAAGUACAAACUCAAUUGCCUUAAGCUUUUUGUCAUUGAAACUAAAAUUGCUGUAUGUUUAUGCUUUAAGACAAAUACCAGUAGUUUUGUUUGUGUUUAUCAUCCAUGAUCAAACUAAAUGGUUUAUGGACAGUUCUUGAAACUGUAGCUUUAUGGAGACUGCAGGGGCCAGUUCAAACAUGGACUGUUCCUGUUUUUGAUACGAAAAGGACAUAAGGUAUAUAUUGAAAUUGUCAGUUUUAUAUUCAAAUAGAAACUUAUAGUUUUUUGCUCGUCUGUUCCUUAUCAGACUUUUCUGUCAAGCUAAAGUAUUGAUUUAUUAUGGAUAAAAUAAUUUGAAUGACUAAUUUGCACAGAAAUUUAUGAACUGAAGUUAUUCAGUAUUUUGUAGGAAAACUAUUAAAAGUAGUUUAGAGCUUUUGUCUUGGAAGAAAAGGGAAACGUAAUAAAGGUGGAAAAUGUGUCACAGCUUUUGGGUUACGUACAUUUUAUGGAUUUUGGAAUGAGUCCAAUUCAUUAGAAGUUUUUGUCUUUUGUCAUUAUUUAUUAAAACAUAUUACUUUG